GAAUCAGCCAGGAGCGAAAAUAUGAAAGGUGGAAUCAGACUGAGCAGCAUUGUGUCUUAACUGGCCGCCUGUUUCUCUUUAAAAGAAAACAUUCCGACAUUCACGCACAGCAAGAACAGGAGCUUUAUUUUGGAUUUUAUAACCACUGGAAAUAUCCUCGCGUUAUUUUUCUUUUUAUUAUACAUUUUUGUACCUCUCUGUCCACCUUCUCAGAAAUUGGACAGCAAGCAGUGUUGUGGAGAGUGAGCAGCAUCAUUUACGUUCACUUGAGGUUCAUUUUUAAUUAACCCAAUUAGGAAGGAGUAAACUGCUCCGCGAAGAUUUCCUAUUGCUUUAUGGGAUUAUCGUCGACGAAGACGCUUUGUUUCAGAUAAGAACAACAUUGGGCAUCAUGAGUUCCAGUGCUUAUCACCAAGGCUCUGUGGGCAGUGAACGAAGACCUGAACCAAUCCGGUGCCAGCGAUGUCGUGAAGUAUGCAAAGGAGAGGUGGUGCGAGUACAAGACAUCCACUUUCAUGUCAAGUGUUUCACCUGCACCGUGUGUAACUGUGAUCUGGCACGAUCUGGCUUCUUCCAGAAGAAGGGCGAGUACAUCUGCACGGCAGACUAUCAGCGCCUGUACGGUACACGCUGCGACCGCUGUGACAGCUUCAUCACGGGAGAGGUGGUCUCCGCUCUGGGGCGCACGUACCACCCCAAGUGCUUUGUCUGCAGUGUCUGCAGUAAACCCUUCCCCAUCGGAGACAGAGUGACGUUCAGUGGAAAGGACUGCGUGUGCCAGCAGUGCUCCCGCACACUCGCCAAGCCAAAUGAACCGAUCAAGAUCCACGGGCCCAGCCACUGUGCCGGGUGUAGAGCCGAGAUCAAGCAGGGUCAGUCUCUCCUGGCGCUGGAGAAGCAGUGGCACGUCAGCUGCUUCAGAUGUCGGACCUGCAACAUAGUCCUCACCGGAGAGUACAUCAGCAAGGAUGGAGUGCCAUACUGUGAGGCAGAUUACCACGCCCAGUACGGGGUGAAGUGUGAGACCUGCUGCAGAUACAUCAGUGGAAGGGUUCUGGAGGCGGGAGGGAAGCACUACCAUCCGACCUGCGCUCGAUGCUCCCGCUGUAACCUGAUGUUCAAAGAGGGAGAGGAAAUGUACCUGACAGGUUGUGAGGUGUGGCACCCAUUAUGCAAGCAGGCAGCGAGGGCAGAGAGGAGGCUCAGGCACAGACGCCUGUCAGAGGCCUCCAUCUCCCCACCGGGCUCCUCCAUAGGCUCUCCCAAUAGGGUUAUAUGCGCCAGAGUGAAGAAUCAGAUCCUAGAUUAUAAGGACCUAGCUGCCCUGCCAAAGGUCAAGGCCAUAUACGAGGUCCAACAGCCAGACCUCAUAUCCUCCUCAUACCAGCCCUACCACAGAUUCACCUCUGAUGACAGGCUAGAAACGUACAGCUAUGGGGAGUCACUUGGGACACUCUCUCCCUAUUCUCAGGACUACGACAGCCUGGAUAUAAAGCAGAGGCGGUGCUCCAGUCCAGGUUACAUUGACUCGCCGACGUAUAGCCGUCAAGGCAUGUCACCCAUCAUGCCUCGCUCUCCGCAGCACUAUGCCUACGCUGGCUCUGAGAGUGGCAGGAGUUCACCUUAUUACGGCCAAGAGGAGCGGUCAAGCACACCAACCACAAACCAGCCCCCUAAACAUUUUCAUGUACCAGCCACAAGGGAGCCCAACAUCUACAGGAAGCCUCCCAUCUAUACGAAAACGGCCACAAAAAGCAGGACCAGCGAGGACAUCCUCCGAUCCUCCAGACUGUCCACCUACUCUCCUGAGCCAUACACCCAGACAGAGUCUGACUACUACCCGUACGCCAGCUCCCCCAGGGCCUAUCGGGUGCCGAGAAGACGCUUCUCGACAGGAGGAGAUGAAGAGAGCUGGAGUCACAGUCUUCAAAGAAUCGGGAGUGGCAUAGGGAGGUUGAUCCUAAAGGAGGAGAUGAAAGCAAGAUCUGGUUCCUAUGACAACGACCCCUGGGGCAGUGCGAGGAAUUCUCGUUGUGGGAGCAAGGAAACACUCAACACUACAGGCUACGGCACCACGGCGUACAACAACACCGUCAACGGAUCUCCCAGGUCUCAGUACAGUGCUGAUAAUGAUUUUGUUUGUAAGUCCGCCUCGCUCCCUGGAUACGGACGCAACGGCAUCCAGAGGCCUCAGAGUGCAGAUUGCUACCAGUACCAGUACGACAGUGGCAGCGAGGGCAACUGGGGAAGCCGAGCAGAAUAUACGAUUUACCCCUAUGAGGCGCUUAUUGUCACCACCAGAGGUCGCAACAGGCUGCCCAAAGAUGCAGACCGAGCCAGACUGGAGCGUCACCUGUCGCCAGAGGAGUUCCUCCAAGUGUUCGGCAUGACUGUGGAGGAUUUUGACCGGCUGGCUCUGUGGAAGAGAAAUGAUCUCAAGAAACAGGCCCGACUGUUUUAAUAACAUGUGGACGCCUGUUGAUUACUGCCAUAACUAGAGCAAGAGACUGUAGGAGGGGUAGAAACAGAUAGUUAGACUUCUGCUCGGUUUUACUGCCAUGGCUGAGAACCUGUUCUAGAUCUCCUCAUUUGACAAACCAAAUUCUGGUCACACCUGCGUGGGCUUCUGAGAUACUGAGGGAAGGCCACAGAGACAUUAUGCACAGAUGGACUGAUACACUGUUACAUGGCUGUGUGCUGGAGUGGUGUGCAAGCAAUAGAGGCUAUUAGUGAUGUGCAUUUCUUAAGCCUGAAGGAUGGAGGAGGGCAUGGCUGUGCCCUUUUAAGGCCACAUGUGGUGAUAUUUGUGACCAGAGCGGCAGUACUUAAAAACAUAAAGAGGAGAAUUUUGGCUUUGCCUUAUUUGUUAUGCUCUCUUAGUUAUGAGUGUGCAGCACCAGCAAUCUGAAUGAGUAGAAUGUAGAUAUCAUUUAUGACACUUUAUCAGUGUGAAUGAUUAGAUGGGGAGAAUGAGUGAGCGAGCAUACAGCAGCAUCACUUUGCUAUGGUUUUUAAAGAUGCAUUUUGUUUACCCGUUUUCCUGUUUUUGCUCUUUCACCUGAAAUACUGUGUCCCUCUGGUUUACACUAAUUGAUAUAGAAUGAAAAAAGUAACAAUAUGAGGUAGAUACAACUUGUUUCAAUUGUACGUGUGAUCUGCAUUGAUUUGUGUGCAAAUGAAAACCAAAGUGAGAAUGCAAAUAUACAGAUUAGCAGAUCACUUCCAUGUAAUGUUCUGGUUAAAUAGUUAAAGGUCACCAAUAGAUACAGUUCACUGUGCAGCUGUAUGGUAACUUAAAAUAAUGUGCAAUCCGGUAGAUUAAAUAGAUACAGGAAACAUCAAUGUAGUCCUCCUGCUCCAUGUUUCCCAGCUCAUUGCAAUAGAAUGAUGACUAAAUGUUUUAUGAUGAGGACUGUAGUCAUCCAUACAUUUACAUUCACUAUCAUUUGUAUUCUUUUAGAAUGAUAAUCCAAUCAUUUUUGUAGCUACAGAGAUUAUAUUCACUCACAAUGAAAAACUCUGCAAGGUAUUUAACACACUGACAAAGAUCCAGGUUUGUUGAAGACUUUACUUCCUUUGAAUACUGUUAUUUUUGAUUUUGUCACUAAAAAUUAAACUUGAAACAAA